AACGCCUCUCGGCGCAAACCGUCGGCCGUCGGCGGACCGGACAAAGCGCGCAAAGUUCGGAUCGAAAAAACGACCGGCUCUCGGACAGACCAAAAACGACCGACAAACAGUAUGAUGAUGAGGACGAGCAACGCGUCGAAAACAACAGCCCGGGAAAGGGUAGGCGAAGGCGUCAAGUCCGGAAACGGUAAAUCCGACGACAACGCCGCAAAGAACACGCGAUCGCGGAAACAGAGUGACAACCGGGAAACGGUAGGCGAAGGCGUCAAGUCCGGAAACGGUAAAUCCGACGUCAACGCCGCAAAGAACACGCGAUCGCGGAAACAGAGUGACAACCGGGAAACGGUAGGCGAAGGCGUCAAGUCCGGAAACGGCAAAUCCGACGACAACUCCGCAAAUAACGAGCGAUCACGGAAACAGAGUGACAACCGGGACACGGUAGGCGAAGGCGUCAAGUCCGGAAACGGCAAAUCCGACGACAACUCCGCAAAUAACGAGCGAUCACAAAAACGCAGCUACGCAGCCCGGAGGACAGCGACGAAAGAUGACCGGAAAAAAUCCGACGAUCGGGUGCCCGCGAUCGCUGCGGACAAAAAUCGGAAACCGGCGACGACCGGAGCGCAGCUGAAGGGGGUCGGCGGAAGCAGUGGAACUCAGAGGAAGACAGGUCCGUCGGCGGACGUCGGUGGAGCAGACGACGACAAGAACAGAAAGUUGUACAACAGCAAUAGAAACAUUCCCGGUGCCGACGGUGUCGCGGAAAAAUCAAAAACCGCCUGGACCAGAAACACCGGCUCUGUUGGGAAAAAACCAAAAAACCCUAAUACCAAAAUGAACGGCGUCGGCAAGGAGGAGAGAGACGAAACCAUGAUUUCGGAAACCCUGAUUUCGCCCGCAAUCGACUACCACGACAACGCCUCGCCGACGGCCGCCCGCUACGGGAUAAAAAAACCGGUCGGUACUAAGGGAAUAUCUUCGGCGGCAGAGGCCAUCGACAGCCCACGUGCACCCGCAGACGUACGAGGCGACGAUAGCGGAGGCGGCGUUGGUGGCGUUGGUGGCGGAGGUGGCGGAGGCGGCGUUGGUGGCGGAGGCGUCGUUGGUGGCGUAGGCGGCGUUGGUGGCGGUGGAAAGAAAGCGGUGCCAUCGGAAAAACUGAUCUCUCCGGCGAUCGACUACCACGACGACGCUUCGCUGACGGCCGCCCGCGACGGGAUAAACGAACCGGUCAGUACCAAGGGCAGCCCACGUGCACCUGCAGACGUACGAGGCGACGAUAGCGGAGGCGGAGGAGUAGGUGGAGGUGGAGGUGGCGUCGGCAGCGGUGGAAAGGACGCGAUUAACCUCGGGGACAACGGAAAAGACCGGAUGCUCAACGAACGGGACCGGACCGGACCUGGCAAUUCCGAAACUGCAGGACGUGCUCGUAUCGGGCACCAAAACCAGGACGAAACCGGAUGUACGACGACCACGCCGACGGCCGCGGAUAAGGCUGGAGGUGGUCGUCGUACGGACAACAGCUGUACCGAUGACGAUAUAUACAAGCUACGCAAGGCUUGUGCUUUGGGCCAAUCGGACCAAUGUCAAAACAAGGACACCGGCCUAUACCAAGCUAAAAGAAAGGGAAGUAAAUUUGAAGUAAUAGAUCUUACCCAGGAGGAAUAUUGUAAACUUAACAAGUGAGACAUAUAAGACAGUAUGUUAAUCGAUUGGAAAGUCAGUAGCUCUAAUUCUA